UAAAGCUUAAGUCUAUUAGUUUGCUGAUGGGUGAUCAGAUCUUGGUGACCUACUUCUUCUGAAUACAGGCUUUCAGGAAACUGGGGAAGCAAAAGGGCAAUUUAUUAAAAUUGAGGAUAAAAGAUAGAACUACCAAGAGGACUACAUCACUUAGGGUAACUGGUUCUCACUGUACUUCUUACAGCAACCCCAUGAGGAAGCUCUUCUUUCCUGGUUUUGUAAAUGAGGAACCUGAGGAUGAGACGGUAGGAGUCUUGCUCCUGGUCAGGUUUGUGGAUACCCCCUGGCUGGACUUCAUGGAGAAAUCUUCACUGAUCACCAACCUGAAUCCCAGAACAGCCCCCAUCUUUCCAUGGACAGAAUGAGAGGCCUUCUGUAACCAGGCAUAAUUGGCCAUCAUGGGGAAAUUGAUCAGGAUGGGGGCACAGGAAAGGCGGUUACUCCGGCCAAAGCGGCUUCAUUGGAGUCGCCUCCUCUUCCUAUUGGGAAUGUUGAUCAUCGGUUUCACCUACCAGCACCUGAGGAGCCCCCGAGGCCUCUCCUCACUAUGGGCAGCAGUCUCUUCCCAAUACUCUAUAAAACUGACCAGCCGGGAUCUCCCCAACGAUGAGAUGAUGAUGGUGAGCGGUGACCCUCCAAGAACUAGCUCUGAAAUGGAGGGUGAGACACUGGUGCCCCAAGCCACAGUGGGCAGGGAUGAAGCAACACCUGGCAUAACAAUGGAGAACACCCCCAGUACUCCCAGAAGAAUAUCCAACAUUACUCCAACAAUACCCAAGAAGAACUAUAGCCCAACAGUAGCAGGUACAGAAAGAGUGAAGGAAAACACCACAACCACACCUAGUGGAGUAUUGAAUCACUACACCCCAACUUCAAGCAGACCAACAGUAAAGAAUUACACCUCAACAACACCCAGGGGAGAAAUGGAAAGCUACCGCCCAACUCAAGCCAGGGGAAAGGUGAAGAAAUAUACCCCAUUCCCACUUGGUAGAAUAGUAGGCAAUUAUCCUCCAUCCACACUCAUGACAAUGACAAGGAGCUCUGGGAUCACCUCCAGAACAACAGUGAAAGACAGUGAAACUAUGGCAACCAAUAAAAUAUUGGAGACAAACCCCUCUAAGAGAAUAGUGGGGGAAACCACCCCAACUACUCUCAAGGAAAUAAUUGAUAACACUCCAACUUUCCUGAUAAAUGACGUAGAAACAAACAUCUUGACUUCUCCAAGGAGUAUGGUGGAAGAGAACACCGUGACUACCCCCAGAAGAGUGGACAAUAACAGCUCAACCAGGCCCCAGGGGUUACUGGGAAAGAACAACCUGGUGACUCCCCAGGAAACGGUCCUGGAGCACAUUGCAGCCAUCUCUGAGGGGCAAGUGACGAUAAGCACCAUGACAGGCAGCAGCCCAGCAGAAAUGAAAGCCUCUACUACUGCCUGGAGUGUUAGGAAUCCCUCGUCCAGAACCAGGGCACCAACCACUGGAAUAUCCUCAUCCACCUCCUGGGGGCUGGCGAAGAAAUCUUCCACAGCAUCCAGCACCUCAGCAACCCCCAGGGUCAGGGCAAAUCCAACCACCCAGGUCCGUCACUAUGUGGUUGUAGAGCCAGCCCCAGCGGUGCCCACUGCCCCUUCCCCCAGCCUGACAACAGCUGUGAUCCCAGAGGUGCCCAGUCCCAGUCCCUCAGCGCUGCAUCCUGGCUGGCCAGACCUUCCCCCCAAGGGAGAGUACCCCCCAGACCUAUUCAGUGUGGAGGAGCGGCGGCAGGGCUGGGUGGUCCUGCACAUCUUUGGCAUGAUGUAUGUUUUCGUGGCUUUGGCCGUCGUGUGUGACGAAUACUUCGUCCCAGCCUUGGGCAUCAUCACAGACAAGCUGCAGAUCUCUGAGGACGUGGCAGGUGCCACGUUCAUGGCUGCUGGAGGCUCUGCCCCCGAGCUCUUCACCUCCCUCAUUGGUGUCUUCAUCUCCCACAGCAAUGUGGGCAUCGGCACCAUCGUGGGCUCUGCUGUGUUCAACAUCCUGUUUGUCAUUGGCACCUGUGCCCUCUUCUCCCGGGAGAUCCUCAACCUCACCUGGUGGCCCUUGUUCCGUGACGUCUCCUUCUACAUCCUUGACCUGAUAAUGCUCAUCCUCUUCUUCCUGGAUAGCCUCAUUGCUUGGUGGGAGAGCCUGCUGCUGCUGCUGGCCUAUGCCCUUUAUGUGUUUGCCAUGAAGUGGAACAAGCAGCUUGAGGUCUGGGUGAAGGAGCAGCUCAGCAGGAGGCCACUGGCCAAGGUCAUGGCCCUAGGGGACCUCAGCAAGCUGGGCCAUGGGGCAAUUGCCGUGGAUGAGCGACAAGAAAACAGGAAGCUAAAGCUCCCGUCUGUGCUGACCCGAGGGAGCAGCUCGGCCUCUCUGCACAACAGCACCAUGCGCAGCACCAUCUACCGGCUCAUCCUCCACAGCCUGGACCCUCUGGGGGAAGACCGUCCCUCCAAGGACAAGGAGGAGGAGAGCUUGAAUCAGGAGGCCAAAGCCAAGCCUCAGGCCAAAGCAGAGAGCAAAGCAGAAGAGGAGGAGCCGGCCAAGCUCCCUGCGGUCACAGUCACACCAGCCCCUGCUCCGGACGUCAAGGGAGAUCAGGAGGAGGAUCCUGGUGGUCAGGCAGGAGAUGCAGGUGGAGCUGAGCACACAGGGGAAAUGAUGCGUGAAGAGGCUGAAGCCCCUGGGGAAGGUGAAACGGGAGAGCGAAGUGGAGGUGACACUCAACUAGAAGGUGGAGGUGAAACGGAAGCAGAAGGAAAAGAUGAACGUGAAGGUGAAACGGAAGCAGGAGGCAAAGGAGACAGUGAAAGUGAAGGUGAAAUCCAAGCAGAAAGGAAAGGAAGUGAUGAUGGUGAAGGUGAAAUCCAAGCAGGAGAAGGGGAAAUGACAGGUGAUGAAGGCGAAGCUGGAGAGCAGGAAUUCAAUGCCGAAAAUCAAGGUGAAGCCAGAAGUGAUGAGAGAGAUAUAGAUGGUGAAGGGGGAGGCGAUGGAGGUGACGGUGAAGAUGAGGAGGAGGAAGAGGAGGAGGAGGAGGAAGAGGAAGAGGAGGAGGAGGAGGAGCAGGAGGAGGAAGAGGAGGAAAAUGAGGAGCCCUUGUCCCUGGAGUGGCCUGAGACCAGGCAGAAGCAGGCCAUUUACCUUUUCCUCCUGCCCAUUGUGCUCCCGCUGUGGCUGACGGUGCCCGACGUCCGGAGGCUGGAGUCGAGGAAGUUUUUUGUGAUCACCUUCUUGGGAUCCAUCACGUGGAUAGCCAUGUUCUCAUACCUCAUGGUGUGGUGGGCUCACCAGGUUGGUGAAACAAUAGGGAUUUCUGAAGAGAUUAUGGGUUUGACAAUCCUAGCAGCAGGCACGUCAAUUCCUGACCUCAUCACCAGUGUGAUUGUUGCUCGGAAAGGCCUAGGAGACAUGGCUGUGUCAAGCUCUGUGGGCAGUAACAUAUUUGAUAUCACCGUGGGCUUACCCGUUCCUUGGUUUCUUUUCUCUCUUAUCAAUGGAUUACAGCCUGUUCCAGUCAGCAGCAAUGGCUUGUUUUGUGCAAUUGUUUUGCUUUUUCUCAUGCUCGUGUUUGUGAUCUCUUCAAUUGCAUCAUGCAAAUGGAGAAUGAACAAGAUCCUGGGCUUCACAAUGUUCCUCCUCUACUUUGUAUUCCUGAUAAUCAGUGUGAUGUUAGAAGAUCGAAUCAUAUCCUGUCCUGUUUCUGUCUGAGUCAGAGUCACUGUUGCUCAAAAUGGACAUGCAUCAGAAAACCAUGCCUGAAGUUACUGUAGGUCUUGUUACAUUAUUGAAAGAAUGAACAUGAGUCAGGAGAGUGAACUGACUGGCUGAGAGCCUCUGAUGUGAAUGUGAUCCGGACUAAGUUUAUGCUUGGAAACACCGGCAGUUUAUUAUGGAAGAAGAAUCUCACCUCUGGAGGGAUGGAGUUCCUACCCCUGACUGAUGCAGACAGCUAUCACAUGGAGGCCAGAAGAAGGACCCCUGGAGUCAGAGGGUUUUCUAAAUGAGAGAUAAUUGGGGAGGAGGGCUGAGCCAGGCACUGUAGCAAUAAGACAAGCGCCCAUGCUCACAGUUCCCUGAUCAUUCCUGAAGGGUGACUGAUCCAAAAGAUGCAGAUGUGGUCUACAUCUCACCCUCCUGGCCCCUGCCCCAAGCACACCCUGCAAUUUGCUGUCUCCUCUUUUUUCACAACAUGAGGCUCUAUCAGGUUUGUAAUCAUUACAGGUUCAGUUACUGGUGAGUUUAAGGAGCCAAGGCUAUAGGAAAAAAAGAAGUAUAACAGGAAUCAAUUAUUAUUACACAUCAUAGUCCACUAAAGUGUGUACCAAUAUUUUAUAGUUUAAAAGGAGGGGUACAUUAGCUUACUGUUGCAUUUCUGAAAAGUGAAAUAAGUAGCCCAAGAAAUUAAAGUUUAUAAUUUGCCCUUGAAUUGGAAGGCACGGAUAUUAGAGAAGGAAAACUACUCUAAGAGCUAUUUAAAAAUAUGUA